AUGGAGAGUUUAGAUGGCGGCACUUGCAGCUUUGGAGUGCACGACAUGAGCGCCAGUCCGAGUCUGAUCGCCAAUGAAGGCGAGACAAGUCCCUCGGCCCCCUCCGCUCUCUCGGCCUCCCCAGAGGCAGAGCAUGCGAUGCAUGCGGAGCUUCUUCGCCUACGUGAGGAAGUGGCCCACUUGCGAAGGCGCCUGGGGAACCAGCCGCAAGGGCCGCAUGAAAGGGAAGACGGAGGGCCGCCCAAGCCAAUUGAGACGGAAUCUGAGUUUGAGACGCCUGACAAAGACAGGUGCCCAGACUCCUUCCCAAGCCCAAGCGAGGGUCUUCAGGCUAGUUUCAAUGAGGUUCGCAGAAGCGACUGGGCUUUGCGAGAACGAGCCUACCGCUGCGCCCGCGAUUUCUUCAUGAGUCCUGAUGGGGUGACGGGCGCCGGGCGUGUGGUCCGUGCUGAACUCCUAUCUGCCAUGCGGCAGCAGGAACCCGAGGUGGCCGCUUUCUUUGAAUCCCCCAGGCAGCAAUUCCGCUGCCUGUUGGUUGAGGGUGACCCUGAAGGCAUCAUUGAGUGGGAUGACUUCGUGAACUGCUACGUGCGACAAUGCAAGCAGAGCAUCUCUGCCGCCAAAGCAAUGGAGCCGGAAAGGGAAAGGUCUCCUGCGACUGCAUCCACUCGUUCGCCGGUGCUGCCGCUGCAGCGAUGCAGCGAGGUCUCUGGUCGAAAUGCCACGUGCUUUUCUGAGGAUGUGUCGCCCUCACGACUGCAGGACUCCUUGCUGAUCUCAACGUCAUCCGCCGAAGAAGACAGAGGCGCGCUGCGAGAGCAGACAUCGCCGCAGCUGAUGCUCUGGUCGACAGGCUUGGCUCAUCGAAGCGCGGAACGAUGGGCUCAGGUAUUUGAUCAUGACAGGUCUUCUCCGGCACAAGGUAACCGGCCGUGGGCGAAAGCAGCAGAAGUGAGUGCAACGAGCGACGUUGCAUCACCUUCGUCCGAGGCCUAUUGCAGCAGCACCUCGCCGCCUCGGAGACCUCGUUUGGCAUGGUCAACCGCGCCAGGCGCCAGCAUUGCGACAGUGCCAUGCAGCUCGCGAACAUGCUCCGGAAGGAGCCGUUCGCACGAGUCCGCUCAAACAGCGACGCCUUCCCGUCAAGCGGCAAACUCUCCGAGCUCGCCUUGGGGGGGCGACUCACGUCCAUCCAGUCCUUCCCGGUCCCGAGAUCUGGAACAACCCUUCGUGGCAACCAGAGCCAGCAUUGCAGAGUCAUUCGCCAAGGCUCAGGCUGAACCACUUAAAGCACCGCGCCUGAAUUGGAAGCUCCCGGCCAGCGCGGCUGGGCCGCUCCCUCCAGCGGAGGAACCAGCAGCCAGCCCGCGGCACAGCGCAGGAUCUGUGCAGCCGCCUGGGCUCGCCAGUGAAUUUGUUUCGGUCGAUGCUCCUGCUUCGCUGCGUGCAAACACGCCGCGGGCCAUUCGCACCGACCGCUUGCCUCAGGCUGUAUCAAUCAUCUUUCCGCAGCCUAUGUUGUCACAGCCGGCAUCCCUGCCACCGGCUCACAUGCUACCCCCACCCAUGCCGUCCACGUCCUGUGCCCAACCAAGCCAGAUCCGCCCACAUGCGUCGCCUUGUGCACCAUCGCGCUCGCUGAAUGGCAACGUCCAGGCUGGCUCCUGCCCAUACAGUGCCAUCGACCCGACUGCAGGCCCUUGUGCACCGCAGAUCGUCUUUGCAUUGCCAGGGCGGCCCAGGAGUGUCUCACCUGUCGCAUUGGGAAUGGCACGUCGUGCAUCCUUGCAGAGGAGUUGCACGCCGCCACCUGCAGUUGGGCCAUCAUCUUAUGUGACCUUUGGCAAGGCAUGGCCAUGCUGGACUGAGCAAAGACUGGCCGGCCAUGGCUUUCAAAGGCGUGGCUCGUGCCCUUCGAAGGAUAUGCAGAUUGCCUCACACGGCGUAGUGUUAAUGUAA